CACAUUAGGAGGACACCAAACACGGAUCAUGACCUUCAUAGCCAAGAUGUUUUAUGACCUGCGUGCCACUACGCUGGAAGGGGACUCUAUCGAUUUUAAUGUCUACCGAGGACGAGUGGUACUUAUCGAGAAUGUUGCAUCGCUAUGAGGCACCACCACCCGGGACUACAGCCAGCUCAACCAGCUCCAGAGCAGGUACCCGCACCGGCUGGUGGUCCUGGCCUUCCCCUGCAAUCAGUUUGGCUACCAGGAAAACUGCAGAAAUGGAGAGAUCCUGAACUCCUUGAAGCACGUACGACCAGGUGGAGGGUUUGAGCCUUUGUUCACCAUUUUUGAGAAGUGCGAUGUGAAUGGGGCUAGCACACAUCCCGUCUUCGCAUACCUGAAAGACAAACUUCCGUACCCCGAUGAUGAUCCAGUCUCUCUUAUUCAGGACCCCAAGUUCUUAGUGUGGAGUCCCAUCAGCAGAACUGAUAUCUCAUGGAAUUUUGAGAAGUUCCUGAUUGGCCCAGAGGGCGAGCCCUUCAAGAGAUACAGCAAAAACUUCGAGACCAUUAACAUCGAACCUGACAUUCAAAGGCUAUUGAGGCUGACCAAAAACUAA